AUGUCACAAUUGAUUCAAUCGUUUUUCGAAAAUGUUCAAAGAAUAUGUAUCUCAGACAACGAAUCCGAUUUAAUAGACUAUUUAAGUAAUAAUGGACUUAUUUCACUUAAACAAUUAUUCAAUAUUGAAAAUCAUACAACAUAUAAUCCUAUACAAUGUCGUGACUUUGGUCUUUUUCUUAUUAAAUUAAUUCCAAUUUGUUAUUCACAUAUAUCCGAUGAUGAUGCUGAACAAGCUUUAUGUAAUAUUCCAUUAAUAAAUACACAUUUUAAUCAACAACCAAUUGAUCAUUCUAAAACAAAAACAUCAAAGAUAUUUGAAACAUUAGAUUAUAUUUUUGCUAUAAUAGUUCGACUUUUUCAGUUUCCUUCUAAUCAUGAUAAUCAUACAUUAAAUGUUUCUAUAUCUGAAAUAAAUAAUGUUCAUGUUGAAAUUGCUCAAGCAUUUGUUCAUCUUUUACUUCCAGAAUUAACAACUGAAUAUAAAGUUCUUUGGUUUUACCAGACAAAAAUUCGUUCACUUUUUCUUAUAUUUCGACAAAUUAUUUCAUUUCAACCAUCAACGUUUACAAAUAGUUUUACAUCAAAUCCAAUUGGUUCAAUAAUAACAAUUAUUUAUAAUUAUCUUUCAUCAUCAGCAUCAUCAUCACAAUUUCUUAUUCAAUUAGGAUUUGAUACUUUACAAGGUUUUGCUUUAUUAAUUGAAAGUACACUUUGUAAAAUAACACAAACAAAUUCUGUUCAACGACGAACAAUAAAUGAUUUAUUAAAUUUAAUCAAUCAAUUUUUAAUAAGUGAUUAUUUUUCAUUAUUUAAUUUAUUACAUAUAGAUCAACAAAAUGAAUCUAAUGCUAAAGAAUUACUUGAACAUUGUUCAAUUAUAUUAAAACGUUUAAAAAUUUAUCGUUCAGAAACAUUACAACGUAAAAAAAAUCGUCGUAUUAUACAAACAUAUUGGGAAAAUAGUUAUGAACAAGCAUAUAUAUCACAUCAUCAUCAAAAUUCAUUUGAAAUAACAAUCAAUAAUAAAAAUAAUUUUGAUGGUAAUAUUGAAAUUAAAAAUGAUAAUGAUGAUAAUAAUCAAACAAAACGUAUUUGUGUUAUUAGUGCUAUUUAUGAUAAAUUAUUAAGAUUAUCUAUUAAACAAUUAGAAUCUAGUCAACCAUUAUUUUCUUUUAUUCAAGAUUGUCUAUUCUAUUUAACAUCUAUUGGUUCAUGUUCAUGUUAUUCACUUUCUCAUUAUCGUAUACUUUUAUCUAAAUUAAAUCAUCUUAAAACUGAUGAAAAAAUUAUUAUAUCUCUUGAACAACAAUCUAUUAAAUUAUUUCGUCAAGCAUUUCUUCUUAUUUCAAAUUGUUGUCAACGUAAUCAUCAUUAUCAUCAUUAUGAUACACAAAUACCAGAUAAUACAUUAUUUUGGUCAUAUUUAUCAAAUCAUUUA